CUUUCUGCGCCUGCGCCGGGCUGAGCGGGAAGAAAACAUGGCGGAGGGCGCGACGACGCUGAAGGGAUUGAGGGCUCAGUACGUUGCUGCAGCCCAAGCCCAAGCAGAGGAAAGAAGAAGCCAAAGUGUAAAUAGUCCCACAACAGAGGAACUACCAAUAAUUGCAAAAACACCAACCAAACCAGUAAUAGAUGGCUCUACGCUGAGGACAGAUGAAAGACAGAGACUGGCUAAGGAACGCAGAGAGGAAAGGGAAAAACAAAUUGCUGCUAGAGAAUCGCAAUUACUAGAGAAAGAAAAAAAGGCACGACUUCAAUAUGAAAAACAAAUAGAAGAACGACAAAAGAAACUGGAAGAACAAAAGCAAAAGGAAGAGCAAAGGAGAGUUGCAGUAGAAGUGAAACGAAAACAAAAACGUGAAGAAGAAAAGGAACGUUAUGAAGCUGUAAUAAGACGCACCUUAGAACGAAGCCAACGCGUGGAGCAACGGCAAAAAAGAUGGUCAUGGGGAGGAGCUUUAUCAACUGAAAAUGAAAACUCUAGUGGUGUUGAAAAUUCCUUAUCCCCAUCUUUAAAUUUAGCUGACUGUCCCCCUCCUUCCUCAGAAUUUCAGACUUCUACUACGAAAGAUGUUUCUGCCAUUGAUAAACGUUCUGCAUCCACCAUGAAUCUUGUAAAGCAGACGGAGCCAGUGAUUAGCAAACGUCUAUCUUCAUCCUCCGCUGUACUUAUAAAGUCUCCUGAAAGAAGUUCAUCUUCCAAGAAACGAAGUGCUUCUUUAAACAGAUUGGGUAGUAAAGCCUCUCAGCCCCCUCAAUCACCACAAAAAGUGACUCAGGUGGAACAGCCAGCUCGACGUUCCCAGAACAAUCCCCAGGAGAGUAAUGUAAUCAGUCGUCUGCUGACCCCUACACAGUCCUCCUUAGCUAGAAGUAAGAGUGCUGCUGCUUUGUCAGAAGGUGGACGAAAUUCUCCAGAGUCUCACCUCUGUCCUCGUUCAGCUUCAGCUAGUUCCAUGAAUUCCCCCAUCAACCCUCCCAACAAGCCUUUGCGUAGUCGCAGCAUUGACAGACAGAAGGUGACAUCUGCUGCCCAAACUGGAGAGACUAAACCCAUCGAGACCACACAGAAGCAAGUCGAGGAAAAGCGUCCUUCAUCUCCUUCUUCCCCUGCUACAAGAACGGGACGCAGACGGUCUCCUUCUCCAGCCAAUUUGUCCAAGAGACCUCCAUCACCAUCUACUACAGCGGCUAAAAGACCUUCGUCACCUUCAACAAUCAAAUCAAAUCCAAAGAACCGUCCUCCUUCUCCCAGCACAUUCAAGCAGCGCCCUCCAUCUCCUACAAACGUCCAAAAACCUCUGCUAAUUCAGCGACUCCCACUUACUCCUACUGGGGGAAAUGCAACUAAAAAGAAAACCGAGAAGGAAGGAAAACCAAAGCAGAAAAAUGAAGUUACAGGGCAGGAGCACGGAGCUGGGCAGACACCGGAAAAGGAACCUUCAGUAGCACAAUCCACCAAAACCAAAGAUUCUGAGCAGAAAACAGGGACCACAACUGCUGAAGAAGCUGCAAAAAUCUUGGCUGAAAAACGCCGCUUCGCACGUGAACAGAAAGAGCGCGAGGAACAAGAAAAGCUCCAACGAGAAGAAGCUGAAAAACUUAGGAAAGAAGAAUUAGUAAAAAAGGCAGCUGAAGAGAGUAUUCGUAGGAAAGAGGAAGAACACAAGGAAGAAGAAGAAAGAAAAGUUAAAGAGGAGGAGAAUCAAAGACUAGCUGAAGAUGAAAGAAUCCGUAGAGAACAAGAGGAACAGGAACAUCUUGCAGAACUUCAGCAACAGAGGGAGGAAGCUGAAGCCAAAGCUCUGGAAGAAGCCGAGCGUCAGAAACUGGAACGAGAGCGCGUCAUGCAGCAAAAUCAUCAGGAAAGGCUUGAGAGGAAGAAGAGAAUCGAUGAAAUUAUGAAGAGAACAAGAAAGGGUGACCUAAGUGAAUCUAAGUUGGAUGAGAAGUCUGACAGUCCAGGCCUUGAAGAUGAAAAUAAUGAAGAUGAGCCUGAAAAUGAAGAUUUAGAUAAUGAUGAAGGGACCAACGGCAUUCGUGCAUUUCAAGAUGAUUCACAGCUGGAAUGUGGCUUUGAGACUAUGCCUACGGUAUUGUCUACACGACCUGCUGUUGAUGACGUAACUGAUCUAAAUGGUGUAGACAAGCCUAAUAAUAUUGUGAACUCCUUGGAUGGUGACCAGCCAAUGGAUGUUAGCCCUAUGCCAAAAGAAGAAUCCGAAUCGGAAUGUUUACAUUUAAAUGAAGCAGAACAGAGUGUUGGACUUGAAAGUCAGAAUGGAAAAUCUAGCACCUGGAUCUUUGAGGAGUUUAUUGAGCUUGGUGUUCAUUCAAAAACCACCAAGUUAACUGUAGCUGCACGUGAUGCUGAUGACUGUAACCAAAACUUGAUUGACGCUGGCGGCGUCCCUGAGAACCGUAUCAUUGCACUUGAGGAAAACGGGGGAGUGACAUCUUUGACCAAACCUCUUGAAGCGACAUCGGAGCUUUGAACGCCUUGGUCCUGGACAUCACUUGUGAUUGCACUUGCAUAUUCAGUAUUUUUACUAAGUGCUGAAGGCCUUGUUACAUAGAGCUGCUUCUACAGAAUUUCAAAAUACUUGCUUCGAAGAAUGAGCAAGACCCUAAUACAGGUGGCACGAAAAAUGUCAAGUGGAAUGCUGAUUGUAAAAUUUGCACCUUGAAAAGCUUCAGGGAUGAGUUCCUUGACCACGUUGUGCUUUCGCUUGGUAGCAGAUUUUGUAAGCUGUUUUGCUAGAAUGGGUCAAUUAAAAUUUCAUUCCUUUCUUGUCCUUUAUGUAGUUGACUAAAAUGUUUGGGCCACCAUUAUUUUCAUAUUAGUAAAAAAAUUAACUGUAGUUUGUCAUACUAGUUAUGUGGGUAAGAUUUUUCUUUACUGCUACUUGUUGCAAUACUAUAAAGUAAAUAGUGCCUAUGGUGUCUGCAUACUUGUAGUUCACUUUAACCAAUGGGACCAUGGCAAAUUUAUUUUUUAAUAAUUUGAGACAUUUGGAAAAAAUAAAUCAAAAUGAAAUUUUAUCGGUUCCCUCACAAAACAUAAUAGAGUUGAAGAACACGAUAGGAAUUGUAAUUCCAUUUCCUUAAAGUCACACAAGCAAACGUGUUUGUGAAAUCAAUGUUUGAGUGCUACAAAAUACUAUAGUAUUCUAUUAUAACUGUCUAAUCUUCGUAAUAAACGGUAGGACCUAGUGUAAGGUGUAAGGUAGUAAACAAUUCCGUUUGCUAGUUGCCCAUCUUCGACUUUUUCCAGCUGCUAUUAUCUUGGCUCAGGUCCUUAAUAUAGUGUCUCAAUCAGAUGUGUGUUUAGAAUAAAUAAACUUUAGUAGUGAGGACUCUGUCUAAGUGUAAGAAGGGAUGUGUAUUGAUAACUAUCUAAUAUGAAAAUUUUGGUUGUUUCAUAACAUGGUGCAUUAAAAUGUUACCAUUUAUGUUCAACAUUUUGCUGGAUUAGGAAACAAUAUUGUUUAGUUUUAUCGGAAUACUCCUCUCCCUUUUGUGUUCUGUUAUAAACGUGUAUUUUGCAAUAAGCCUGCACUAAUGGAUGUUAAGAAUGACUUAAGUGGCUUCAUUAAGUCAAAGUAUUUUGUCUUCUAGCAACAUAGGUAGUGUUUACAUAUACUUCACUCAUUUUAAAGUCAGAAUUUGCUUUUGAGAAAAUGUAUUUAAUUUCUUCAUAUCUAUGUAAGUAUUUUAAUGUAUAUAACACAGUAUUGGGCCAUGAAGUAGGUUAGUGAAAAUGGUAACAUUUUUGUUUUGUUUUCAAGCAUCUUUCUGCGUAUCCUUUCCAGAAAUGUCACGAGACAAUCUUGUCAACUUUAAACAACCUUUUCACAGUAACCCUUAACAUGUUUGUUUUGAUUCCCUUCUGUACAUGUAGUAUAAGUUGAAACUUUAGUUAUUCCAACAUGGAAAUGUGCUUUAGCUUAUGAAUUCAAAAUACUACACACUGCUGCUGACUUACUGCAAAGCAAUAGGAAACUGCAUUUUUCCUUAUUUCCUCCACUUGUCUGUUCCCUAAAUAUUACCGCUAUUGUUAUUUGUUAACCUCGUUAAUGCAUCUUCCUGUGAACAGCCUGCUUGACCUAAUGGCCACUUUGUUCAUGUUUAACUGUAUCUUUGCAAAUGCAAUUUAUCUUUGAAGUGCUGUUCCUUUUGAGGCAGUUUAUGAAAAUAGGAAUCUUCUAGUCUGUAACAAAUGCUGAAAACAGUAAAUUUAAUUAUAUGGUGGCAAUGUUUUAGACUAGAGCAGUGCCUUAGAUAAAUAACAUUGUGUAUUUUUGUAAGAUAGUUCAUUUGAAAUCUUUGCAGGAAAAUGACAAUCGCUGACAGAAUGACACCUCUUUUUGCUGUGCAGAUGUUACUUUUGUUCAAUGCCCUGUCCACAACUGUAUGUAAAUAGCAUCUGUAUCAUUUAAAUAAAUUUUGCAAGAUAAAAA